UCACGUGUGUAACAGUCAGCUGACUGCUGCCCAUAGUGAGGAAAACGUCUCUGUGCUGUAUUUUCCACAAUUUACAUUGUUUUAUUUUUGUAAUUUAUGUUACUGUGAGCCUUUAAAGAAUGGAGUCAACACUAGAACAGCAUCUAGAUGAUACAAUGAAGAACCCUGCCAUCGUGGGGAUCCUCUGCACUGACCAGCAGGGCCACAACCUGGGCUGCCGCGGCACGCUGUCUGAUGAGCACGGCGGAGUGGUGUCAGUGCUGGCCAAGCAGGCGGCCCAGCUGACAGCGGACCACACUGACUGCCCCACGGUGUGCCUGGAGUCGGAUGCUGGGAACAUCUUAAUAAGGACACAUGGCACCAUUACAGUAGCUGUGCACAAGAUGGCAUCCUGAUUUUUCAAGCAACAAGAAAACACUUUACUUGUUUCCCCACCCCCUUUUCUUUGUUUUUUUUAUGAAGCGCAUAACAAACUCCAAAUGGUCAUCUUCCAAUAAAGAUAAAAAACAACUGAAUAAGCAUUUGAAUGUUGAGACCAUUGGAAUACAAUUUCUUGUGUUAACAGUUUAGUAACAUAUUGCUUUGUUUUCAUAGAAGGAUGGCGUCAGUCAUUCAGACACAAAGUUAGACAUUGCAUUUCUCAGUCAUUUGUGCUCAGCUCCUCCAUUUUAAUGAGCAACUAGUUACAAAUAGUUUGGGGAUUGUUGGAAUGCUUGUGUAUAUAAACGAGCUUUUCAAGGUGAAUGUCUGCUGGCUGCCUCCCUGAUAGGUACAGUACAAUGUUUCAUAAGUUCAACUGAUCUGAACUUUGCCCAAGGUCGCCAAAAGGUGCAUAGCAUGAGGUCAUGCUACUGAAAACCGAAGCAAAUGACAGCUAUGUCAUAGUCUGGCCAGCACUGGGCUGGGAAAACAAUUUGCUAGUUUCAGUCUUAAUAAACAAGUUCUAGGUUACCCUUAAAUGUGUUUUUGUCCACCACACCAUUGGUGGAGAUUCAGUGGCAGAAAAUGGAACUUUCAAAUGGACAGGUAGCAAAGUCUCAUACAUCAUAGAAAUGAAGGGCAUAUUUUUAUGAUUUGUUGGUUUGAAUCAUGACUUUUAUGAAAGAAACACUGGGCACUUAGCAGAGGAUUUGAACUAUUUUUGUCAUUAAGCAUGUUUUCUGCUGUGCUUUGCUAUCUGCGAGUUCUGUGUCGUUCAUGUCUAUGUUGAGACAGUCAAUAGAGGGAGUGUGUGGUGGAUUUCCUGCAUUUAAUACCUAAGUUGUAAAUGUUUAACUCUAACUCAUUUCCCAGUGAAAACAAGAAAAUGAAUUGGACACAAUUUCAGAGGUAAUGUUAAAGCAUGAAAUAUCUGAAGAAUAAAAUUCUGUUGAAAUCUGUAACCCGA